AUGAUAUGCCUGACUAGGGGAGCUACGAACCAACGUACACAUGCACAACUGACUAUAACCUUCGGAUUAGGUGGUAUUGGCAACCUAAGAGACAAUCGCAUGAAGCGAUUCAGAACUGGAGAAGGGAAACGGUUCAUCUUCACACCAGUGGUUCCGAAUCAUGCCAGAUAUUUUGUCUCAGAGAAUGAGGGAGAAUGGGAUGGGGAUGAGAAGGAGCAUAAUUGA